AGGAAGGAAAAAUGUCACCACACUCAAAGUUCCAAGAAAGACAGUUCUGGGGAGUUCUCAAGCUCUUCCGCAAUAUUCUUCUUUGGAACGGACUUCUUCCAGAUGACACCUUGCAGGACCUGGGGCUGGGCAAGCUUCUGAAUCGCUACCUUAUUAUCACGCUUACUAAUAACGCCUUCAUUGGACCAGAUGUUGUUAAAAAGUGCAGCCAGAUAGCAGCAUGUCUACCAGAAAGAUGGUUUGAGAACUCUGCUAUGAGGACAUCAAUUCCCCAGCUAGCAAACUUCAUUCAGUUCCUGCUGCAGUCUGCACAUCAACUAUCCACAGGUGAAUUCAGGUAAUGCUCAGUUAAUUGUU